UUUCAGUUGAUUUGUAGAGCCCUGAAUCUUCUCGGGUUUACUUUCCGCGAGAUUUUAUUCGGUGUACGUGGUAAUAAUAUCAAAGUUGGACAUACUCAAAACAGCCGGCUCGCUAAACUGUAAAAAGCGGGAUUUCAGAGAGACACACAACGGAAGAAGUCAUUAAACUAGCACUGAAUCAAAUGGUAUCUUGGUUUGCAUGGAACAUGGAGGCUGAUGGAUUAUGAAUUCUCCAUGACUGACAUAAUGUGAAAUCUCUUCCGUUUUUUCUUUCUUUCACCAAAGUAUGGCUUCAUCCCAACCAUACUGGGACCAAUAUGAUGAUAUUAACAGCAUGUACUUUUCUUUUGGAGCUGACUACACAGUGAAAACACAUCAGCAAGGCUUGACCUCUGUGGGAUUUGAAAGGAAGAUGUUUGGCUCCCACAACUCUAGGCACCACUGUCAGUCUUUAAAGCCUGUUGAUCCCGCACAGCUCCUCCUCUCCUCCAUGCACAGCUCACCUGAAGGAGACCAGGUCGUUCCGUCCUUCAAGAAACUCUCUGUCUAUGAACAAGCGCGCCCAUAUUCUCCCAAGAGAAGCUCUAAACCUCUUCCUCCUCUCCCGGACAUGGGGGAUAUGUCUUCUGAUGAAGCAGCAGACAGCGAAGUGGAGUUCUUCUCCAGCACCAGCGAGAGCCAGCUACUGAUACCAGAAUGUGCCUCUAAAACAUCAGCCUUCCAAUACAGAGCGCAGAAUAGGCGAAGUUUCCGCGGUUGCGGUCAGAUCAACUAUGCGUACUGUGAUGCUAUGCAGGAUAAUAUGAUUGGACAGAAGUGUGAGAGGGAACAAGUGGUGCUUCGAGAAAAGGACAGCCUUAUACAAGAAAAGCCCCAGCGCAGAUUGCGCCGCUCUAACUCAGGACCUGCGGCGUCUUUUAAACCUACUAACCUUCGAAAUACCCAUGCACAGGAGAAGCCUGAGGUCCCUCCCCGUGCUCCCAUUCCAUCCCAUCCUCAAAAGAGUGCCGACCAUCAAGGCAUUGAAGAGCCUCCCGAAAUCCCACCCAGGCGGCCAAUGUACUACAUGGCCCCACGCAGUCCUAGUCCUAAAAGCCUUCCCAUUUACGUCAAUGGAGUGAUGCCUCCUACACAAAGCUUCGCCCCCAAUCCCAAGUACGUGAGUAAAACCCAGGGCAAGCCAAAGUGUGAAGGAUUGCCUACUUCACAUGCACCAUGUAUACUGCCCAUCAUGGAAGACGGAAAGAAGGCCAGUGCUACACAUUACUUCCUUCUUCCACAGAGGCCAGGAUACUUGGACAGAUUUGGAAGAUUUUUCAAGGAGUCUGAUUCCGAAGCUGUGCAAAGUGGAUGUUGAGUAGAAGCAGGUUGUUAGGCUAACUACAACUGUACUUACUUGCAGUAUUCAGGUGCUUAUAGAUAUAUUCAUUCCUACGCAGUACCACCUCAACUUGAACCCAGAGUACUGAAAUGUGGCCAGGUCAUAAAUGCUGGACAUAGUGGAGCUGUUGUGUUAAAAAAAAAAAAAAAAAAAAAAAUUUUGAUCAUGCAGCGUCAUUAUGAUUUACAUUUUAUGUUUAUUUUAUUUCGCCUGCUUCCAGUAUUCCUUUUUUUUAAAAAACAAAACAAACAACAUCUUUCGUUCUUUGAUGGUUUACAUGUACCACUGAUUAGUAUAAGCUGGUCUUAUACUAUAAGUUGGAGAAGGACUGGAUUCCAGCACAUUCUGGUUAUUUUUCUUGCUCAUAGAUAUGUAAUUCACCAGUUAAUUACUAGCUUCAGUAGUGUUCGAGCAGAGAAAUUACCAAACUGCCUUGGAGUGGAGUUGAGCAGCCCUGAUCAUAUCCCUGUCAUAUCAUUAACACAGAGCAUUAAGAGUAUUUUAAGUGCCAUUUUAAUCAUUCUGCACUGCAUGUGUUAUAUCCCCAGUUGUUUGUGUUGCUGAUAAUUCAUCUAGUAUUUGCACUCAUCAACUGAUAACUCAUGUUCUACAGUAUGUUCAGUGGGACCUUAUUUUUACAUUUUAAAUUGUUUAAGGAAAUGUAAAACCAGUUUAUUAAUGAAAUGACUCAACUUAUUACUAAACAGAAUGCCUCUGAAAUAUUGAGCUAAUUUUUGGAUUAAUGUCCUUUUAACAGAAAGCUUGUUUAGUUGCUUACUAUUACAGUUAGAAGUUCUGAUUAUGCUAAAAGAAACAACUAUAAAAUAUCUGAAUCAUUACCUUUUAUUUGUUUGUGCAGCUAAGCAAUUAUGGUUAAACUCUUAAAGUGUGACUGUUUGAGCCAAAUGAGAAAAGGUCAAUGUUCCGUAUUACCCUGACACAACCUGUACUUUAACACGUACAUGUCAUGUAUUUAUCCACCCAUCUACUGUUGCUUUUUUCUUAGUUAAUUCUCAAGUGAUUAAGUCGGUCAUGUGGCACCACAUCUGUUUACAUGAUUUUUAUUUUUUUUGGAAUCUGUCCGUUUUGGCCAUCUUCCUCAUAACAGAAGAUGAAAAUGUAUUUAUCCAUGGCUUAUUUAUUCACAUAUGAAGGCUCGUGAUUGUUAACUGUUAUUGCUGUUGUUGCACUGUAUUGCACUUGUCUUUACGUGCAGUAUUUGUAGUUUUUCACAUUACAUCUCUGAUCUAUUUAAAGAAAUAAAGUGACUUAUUUAUCAGUAAAUGAGA